UUCACAAUAACACAAUUGCUGUCAAUCGGUGAAAAAAUUGUUCAAAAAAUAUUUACUUUUCCAUUGAUAUAUUAUUUUCGUAUUCAUUGCGUUUUUUUUGAAGUCAUACAUAGAAAGCAAUAGAAAACAGCAUGGAAGCGGCACCAAAUACCCAAAACUCUGUUACCCCUUCUGCCGAACCACAACUUACAGCAAACAAUGCUGGCAUCGGUGCUAAUUCUAACCAACAAUGCAAGAAGCCUAGAGCUGAUCUUAAUUCUUUGCCCACAAGACAAUAUUUAGAUCAAACUGUUGCUCCCAUUUUGCUCAUGGGCUUGCAAACUUUGGCUCGAGAGCGACCAUCAGAUCCCAUCAGCUUUCUGGCCUCGUAUUUGUUGAAGAAUAAAAAUCGUUGCGAUGAUGCUAUAGCAGAAAAUGCCUGAAUAGCCCUAGAAUAUGUACCAUAUCGGGUUUGAAUUGAACUGAAGUGUUUGCGUUUACAAAUUUCCUAAAUGUAUAUUUUUCUGUAUGAGUUUUACUUUUCGUCUUUCUUAUGGAGCAGACCAUUUUGAGCAUAGCCGCAAAUAAAAUGGUCUUGCCAUUUGGUUGAAGACCGGUAUAACUUUAUUAGAAAUCAUAUGAUGUAAACGGCUACCUAAUUUUAGGUUUCUGAUAUAUUUGUUUAGUUGUAGACACAUACAUAUAAAUAUAUAUAACGUAAAAAUAAAAUUAUACCGUAGUAUACCUCUAAACAAUUGCAAA